UCCAUCCGUCGCAAAGAUAACAUGAGUUGAGCUUCCGCUUCCAUGUCUCGCCACACUUUUUGCUCGCUGUUGUCCCCUCACUCUGAACAGCCAUGAUACAUGGCCUGUUCGCUCUACGGAGAGCACAAGCCAAAAAUGCCAGCUCACGGCUGCUGACGUCCGCCUUCGCCCCCGCGCGACCACUUACACAACCACUUUGUCGUCGCCUGCAAACGCAAGCAUGGGAACCUCUACGCCCUCCAAACCCCGCCGACCUGCCCAAGCCAAGGCCUCGAAAGAUCAAGCCGCCUUUUCGCCGCCGCAAAUGGGUGCGCCGCCUCGCUGUCCUAUCUGCGUUGCUCGGCGCCGGGUAUCUGGUUGACAGGCAGUUAUAUGCUUCAGCAGUUCUACGCAGUGCGCGCACGUUCAAAACUGGCCUCUUGAUUGGACUUGACUACAAGAUUAACUUUCGCGCCAAUCCACCGUUGGCGAAGAGUAUCGAGGCGCUGCACGCACGCAAUGCGGAGAGGAUCUUCGACUUGCUGAGGUACAAUGGCGGACUGUAUCUGAAGAUUGGGCAGGCGAUCGCCAUGCAGAGCGCUGUGCUGCCACCUCAGUUCCAAAAGAUGUUUGCCAAGAUGUUCGACGACGCGCCGCAGAACGAAUGGGCAGAGGUCGAGCGGGUCAUACGCGAGGACUUUGGGAAAGGUGCCGAGGAAGUGUUUGGCGUGAGCUUCAGCAAAGAGGAGGGCAAGGGCAUCAUGGAGAAGACAGCGCGAGCGUCUGCCAGUGUGGCCCAGGUACAUUGGGCGAGACUAGCGGACGGUAGAGAGGUUGCCAUCAAGAUUCAAAAGAGGGAGAUUGCACAGCAGGUUGGGUGGGAUCUGUGGGCUUUCAAGGUUGUGGCGAAAGUCUAUACUUGGUGGUUCGGCAUCCCUGUCUACACCCUCGUGCCUUACAUCUCAGAGCGUUUGAUGCUAGAGACAGACUUCGAGAACGAAGCAGAUAACGGCGAGGAGAUGCGACGACUCGUCUCUGGCGAGAAGCGACUGAAUGGUCGAGUCUACAUACCGCAGGUCUACAGGGAACUCUCCAGCAAAAGAGUCAUGACAGCUGAAUGGAUCGAAGGCGUGCGACUCUGGGACAAGGAAGGCAUCACAAACAGCUGGCGGGGUGGAUGGCGUCAAGGCAGUCCAGGAGCAGGCGGUACCCAACUACCAGCCAUUUCGAACCACGAUACCAAACUCGAUACACACGUUCCAGAGGACGCGCCGAGAAACGAGUUUCUCAAACCAGAUCGCACCUCGUGGCGCGGAAGAGAGGGUAAAGGCGGCCUCGGUGUCUCUCUAAAAAUCACGAUGCAGACCAUUGUCGAUCUCUUCUCCGCUCAAAUGUUUCUCUGGGGCCUUGUCCAUUGUGAUCCACACCCAGGCAACAUCUUCAUCAGACGUUUACCUUCCGGCAAACCCGAGGUAGUACUCAUCGACCACGGCCUGUACAUCCGCAUGAACCCAGAGUUUCGCCAUCAAUACGCGCUUUUCUGGAAAUCUUUGCUCGGCUUCGACAACGAAACAAUCAAGGACAUUGCAACGAGCUGGGGCGUUGGAAAUCCUGACAUAUUUGCCUCGGUGACACUCAUGCGACCUUACCAAGGUGGCGAUAACCACACGCUAAACGAACUGAAGAAGGGCGUUACAGGGAAAGACCAACAGGAGCGUGCAUUUGCAAUGCAGGUCAAGGCGCGCGAUGGCAUCAAGCAGAUCUUGGGUGACGACGACAAGUGGCCACGCGAGCUCAUCUUCAUUGGGCGGAAUCUGAGAAUCGUGCAGGGCAACAAUCAGUUCCUCGGCUCGCCUGUCAACCGAAUCAAGAUCACUGGUCUGUGGGCAUCGAGGGCACUGGCUGAGAGCAAGGAUUUGGGGCUGAGUGAGCGGUGGACUAAUUGGGUCAAACACUUGAGGUUCAGGUGUGUGCUUGUGCUAAGCGACGUCGUGUUCCUAUGGAGUAAGGUCAGGCAGAAGCUCGGUGUGGGGAGAGGUAUGGAGGAUGAGAUCGAGGACAGGAUGAAGGUCAUGGCUAAGGACUUUGGUGUCGAUCUGAACCAUGGCGUCUUUGAGGGCUAAGUGGCUUGGAGAUGGAUUCUGGAGAUGUAAUGUAUUGUGUAUUGAUGCAAAGUUACUUCUUUAUGAGAUACGAGAAAUGAUGUAU